AUGCUGCUCAUGCUGCGGCUGCUCAUGCUGCUGCUGCUCAUGCUGCUGCUGCUCAUGCUGCUGCUGCUCAUGCUGCUGCUGCUCAUGCUGCGGCUGCUCGUGCUGCUGCCCCUGCUGCUCCUGCUGCCCCUGCUGCUGCUGCUGCUCAUCCUGUUGUUCCUGCUGCUGCUGCGCCAGUCCCUCCCCCUCAACCGUGAGCCCCAGCGGCCGACACCGGGAGCGCAGGUGCGCUAG